GUGGCUGCAGCCGGGCCCCCGCCCGCCCGCCCCCUUCUUCCGUGGAGCGGCGCCUCCCCGGGAGUUCAGUCGGGCGGGCGGCGUGGACGCGAGUGGAGCCGACCACCUGCGGCCCCGACUUCUCACCUGCGCCCCCGAGCCUUCGGACCGGACCGAGCCGGGGAGCGGUCCCCCCAGCCGCCACCUCUGGGGCCGAGGAGUGGUGACCGUGCGGACCCGGGGGGAAGGGAGGAAGGAGAGACAAAGGCGCGCGCCGGCCCCGCCUCCUUGCGCCGCCCACCAUGUGUCAGUCAGAGUCGCGGCGAGGACCCGAGCUCCGCACGGCGAAAUGGUUGCACUUCCCUCAGCUGGCCCUGAGGCGGAGGCUGGGACAGCUGAGCUGCAUGUCCAAACCUGCCCUGAAACUGCGCUCCUGGCCCCUGACGGUCCUCUACUACCUCCUGCCCCUCGGCGCCCUCAGGCCCCUCAGCCGGGUGGGAUGGAGGCCUGUGAGCAGGGUGGCCUUGUACAAGUCGGUGCCAACACGCUUGCUGUCGCGGGCCUGGGGCCGCCUCAACCAAGUGGAGCUGCCGCAGUGGCUGCGCAGGCCGGUCUACAGCCUGUACAUCUGGACCUUCGGGGUGAACAUGAAGGAGGCCGCGGUGGAGGACCUGCACCACUACCGCAACCUCAGCGAGUUCUUCCGGCGCAAGCUGAAGCCGCAGGCCCGGCCCGUGUGCGGCCUGCACAGCGUGAUCAGCCCCUCAGACGGGAAGAUCCUCAACUUCGGACAGGUGAAGAACUGUGAGGUGGAGCAGGUGAAGGGGGUCACCUACUCGCUGGAGUCGUUCCUGGGCCCCCGCACGCCCGCAGAAGACCUGCCCUUCCCCCCAGCCGCGCCCCACAGCUCCUUCAGGAGCCAGCUGGUCACGCGCGAAGGGAACGAGCUCUACCACUGCGUCAUCUACCUGGCCCCCGGGGACUACCACUGCUUCCACUCCCCCACGGACUGGACCGUCUCCCACAGGCGCCACUUCCCAGGCUCCCUGAUGUCUGUGAACCCUGGCAUGGCCCGCUGGAUCAAAGAGCUCUUCUGCCACAACGAGCGCGUGGUCCUGACCGGGGACUGGAAGCACGGCUUCUUCUCGCUGACGGCCGUGGGGGCCACCAACGUGGGCUCCAUCCGCAUCUACUUUGACCGGGACCUGCACACAAACAGCCCCCGGUACAGCAAGGGCUCCUACAACGACUUCAGCUUCGUGACGCACGCCAACAAGGAGGGCAUCCCCAUGCGCAAGGGCGAGCACCUGGGCGAGUUUAACCUGGGCUCCACCAUUGUGCUCAUCUUCGAGGCCCCCAAGGACUUCAACUUCAAGCUGCAAGCAGGACAGAAAAUCCGAUUCGGGGAGGCUCUGGGCUCCCUCUGAGCCUCCUGCAUGGCCAUGGCUGCUGAGGGUCUUUUCAAGGGGAACCUCUGAGGCUGUCUAGGGAGGGCACUGUCACGCCUAACCAGGCAGGACCUGGGUGACUUCCGUCUCUGCUUCCGGGGUGCAGAUGAGGUCGUCAGAACCCGUCGUGGCCUAGACCGCCCUCCCACCCAGAGAAAGUGUGGGCCAGGAUGACGGAUUUUCCCUCUUGGAGACUUUUUAACAUCUCGUAUAAACUGAAUCUUUUACCUCCCGGCCGAGCAUUCGGUUGGUCCCGAUUUCCGUUCUGAGAUAAGCGGUAGUUAAGGUACCUUCUUGCUGCUCCUCCCGUCACUGCUUUCUGGCUUCCGCUUCCCCUGCACAGAGUGAGGUGCCUCCUGGCACUGACUGUGGGCCCCACAGCGGGGCUGGUAACGCAGCUGCUUUCUGUCCCCAAACUUGCUCCGCCUUGCUUGUUGGGAAAGGCUGUCUUCUCUCUUUGCACUUAUGGCUGAACACGUCACCUGCUGAGACUCUGCCAGCAGCUUCCAAGGGUGGCCUCUGGUGGCUCGGUGCUUUGCAGGCCCUGGCGAGUGACCUUUUGGAGCUGGUAGGACCCAUUGUUGAACCCCCUGCAGUGGUGGCCCAGCUGGGACCAGGGGCGAUCUUGUGUCCCCUCCCUACAUCCAGGCCUAUGUAAAAUAUGGAGAAGUUGCUGCUAUUGAUCAGGGGCUUACACUGGAAACAAAGGAGCCUUGCUGUUGUCUUUGGUGUGUGAUGGAGGGGGGUGUCAGUGCCUAGAAAACCCGUCCCCAAGUAACAGAUACUAACAGGUACGAAGUCCUUAGGGAGCCAGUGAUG